AUGAGUGAUAAAAAUCCUGACAACAAAAACCCGGAUCGUAGAAAAAGAAAGAUGGCGAUGGAUGAUGAUGGGGAUGAAAAUAAAACAGAAAUUAAGCAGGCAAAAUCAAACAUUCCCACAGAUGGUUUUGAGGACAACGAUGUUUUCCAGGAGCAGCAGCCACAACAACAAAGUCCUCUAGCAUCAGAAGAUCCCACAAUUAGUGAAAGAAAAGCAAGCGAUCGUAGCAGAAAAGGUCUAGCUACGGAUGAUAUUAGAGUAGAGGAAGAAAAGAAAAAAACAACAUCCCAUAAAACAUCUCAACAACAGUUUGAUACAGCUUUACAAAAUUUAUCCCCAGAACACUUAAACACUCCCCAACUAACAGCUUCUGUAACGUUGGACGAUCUUUCUUCUUUUCCUUUUUCAAGCGGAUCAGAAGACAGCCAAAUUAGAGCUGCACUUUGCGGUCUUUCAUAUCUCGACGACCAAGCACAAGCAGUCACACUCGAGCCAGAUGAACUUGGGAAUGCUUGCUUGCCUGGUUGCUCUUAUCAGAGCACUUUUGGGGGUAAUUCACCGAGUGAGUUAUUUUCUAACCAUUUUUUAUUGCCCUGCUUGAGUGAGAUUUCUGGAACUGCAACCACAACGCAAGCCACAUCAACAGCUACUACACAAGCUACAUUAACAGCUACUACACAAGCCACAUCAACAAAAACCACAGGAACCAAAAUCUCUGGUACAGCAACAACCACGUUCAACACUGUUGAUAAUAAAACAACAACUGCAGCGGCAACAAAAGCAACAACAACAGGCCUAACGGCAUAUAACUCAACAAUAAUUAACACGAUUUCAAGUGCAACAGCUGCAACAGUUACAGUGCAGGCAGUUGAUAACGCGUUGACAAUCCAACACCAGCUAGCUCCACCCCCACAACAACAACAUCAGCUAGCCCCACCCCCACAACAACAACAUCAGCUAGCACUACCACCACAACAACAGCAACAUCAACUAGCACCACAACAACAACAACAACAAUUUGUGCCUCAGUACCACCAAAUAAACCAACAACAACAACAAUUAUUACAACAAUUUCCACCCGGGUAUCAACAACCAACAAACCAACGACAACAGCAGCAACAAAAUACGUUUCAACAUCCGCAACCAUUAACAAUUCAAACGGAUCAGCUAGUACCUUACCAAGGAUCAUUCCAACAACAGCAACAACAGCAUUCAGCCAGUUCAAGACAACAACAACAACCGUCUCCACAACAGUAUACACCUCAACAACAGCAAUUACAACCACAGCAACAAUUACAACCUCAACACAUGCACAAUUUAUUUACCAAUAUCAACAAACAUCUCAACAACAAAUAUCGCAACAACAACAACAGCAGCAAAUAUACCAAAAACAACAAAUAUCCCAACAACAAGCAUCGCAUCAACAACGACAACAGCUUUUCCUCUCAGCAACUAACACCUCAAAACAUCUCACCUAAAAUUUACACAAACCUGGAUGAUAAAUCGGCUAAUAAAUUUUCCAUUCGAUUAAAAAGCAAUUUUCCACCCCAGCCAGCCUACAGACUGUCGCAUUCCUUUUCUCCGCCACCAUACUUGCCUAACGAUCCACAAAACAUUCCUAGCAACAGAAAUUUGUUAACCACAUCCCUACAUUUCAACAUUUUCACACAGAAUAAACCUAUUCAUCGGCCAUCCUGUGCUUAUGACGUUGGUGGUUUCUUGUACGCAAAUCAACAGCCUGGAAGUAGUGGUCUAGAAGCUUCCGAAAGCAGCAAUACUGCAUCUAAGUUGUUCAAAGCGCCAGGUUCACAGAGUGAUACAAAUUCUAAUAACGAUCCUACUCCAUCUGGCUCAUAUGCCAGGCCUGCAAACUCACAAACACAGGCCAAUCAGUCAUCUCAAUCGAGAAAUAUGAAAAUACAAUUGGCAAACGUUGAUGCCGGAAAUGUACAACGCAAAAAACGUGGAAAAAAACAAACUGAGACUGGAAAGCAGGAUGACGGAGAGGCUACAGUCACUCAAACGAACCAGUCCCAAUUCAGCCAGCAAUCAGGCAGUCAAACGACCCAGCCCCAAUUCAGCCAGCAAUCAGGCAGUCAAACGACCCAGCCCCAAUUCAGUCAGCAAUCAGCAGCACCCUCUUCACCUCCUGCCGAUCCCUACGCUCCGAAGCCAAAUGACGGAACAGAAAUUGAACCUACCUCUGACGUUGAUCGAGAAAAGUUGGCCAUAAAAAGAGAAAAAGGCAAGCUCUCACAACGAAGAUGUCGAGAUAAAAAGAAAAAAGAAUUUGAAAAAACUGAACAGUCAGUUAAAAUUAUAAAGCAGGAAAUUGAAUUGAAGACAGCAGAAGUAGAAUCGAUAAAAUGGGAGAUCCUGGAAGCAAUAAGGUCUCUCCACAGACAUAGGGACGGUCCAACCCCCCCUAACGUUGACAUAGACGAAACUAUAGUGCGUAUGCUGGGGGACUGUCACAUAGAUGACAAAAAUGUAGAUAUUUUAAUGAAGUAUUUGAACGGGAAUGGUGUUCAUUUGAAGAAACUUUCCCCGAUGACUUGCUACAUUCAGUUGUCAUUUUAA